GUCCAGGAAUCGCCGGAGGUCCGCAUGGCGCUCCCUCUGCCGCCUCGGGCGCCCGACCCUGCAGCGCUCGCCGCCUACUGGAAUGAAUAUGAGGAGUACCUCUGCAGGCAGAACAGCUCCGUCCAGCAUCUGGAUGACGAGGACAACCACUACGAAGAAGGAGAAUUGGAAACGGAAUGGCUGCAAGCGGCAGGCCUGGGCUCCCUCGCAGCGCCUUUCCAGGCUGGCCUCGAGGUGACAGAGGCGCAGCUGGGUGAGGCAGUCAGGCCGUUACCGAGGGAACAAGCCGCAGCAGUGAGAAGAAGAGUCAGAAGGCUCAACAGGACUGUGAGGAAGAAGAGAGCCGCGUCGAGAGCCAGGAAGCCUGAUAUACGUGAUGUGUUUAGGGAUAUAGAGAAUUCAAGCGGCAGCGAGCCGAGGUCGCGCAGUGCGACUCCCGAUUCGUUGGACUCGCUGCCCAGUGGUGGGUCUGGCAGCCCGCCGGCUGAGUGGGCUGAUAGUGCACUGCCACCAGACUUCGUUGAUAGUUUGCCGCCUGUGGGUACUCAUACGCCACUAGCACGCACCCCGUCCGCGCCGGCGGCUCCCCGCCGCCCGCGCCUCUCCCCGCCCACACCUGCGUCGCAUUCCCCCCCUCUGCCCAUGCACGAGCUGUUCAAGCCCAAUGAUUUACACUUGGCUGACAUUGCGAGUAAUACAGAGGGCAUCGAACUCUUAGGCUACCAGAGGUAUGGAACAGUUCAGGGGCCAAGAAUAGGAAAGGAAAGAAUCAACGGAUCCAUACUGAAAGACAACGAUUCAUUUAUAAGCAAACAUACAGUGGUGUCACGGACGAAGAGCGUCGCGUCAACACAGCCACUCAGUUUCGAGCAUAAAUUCAAUCUGGAUAAACAGAUGCUUGAUAAUGAAGAGGAGUGGCCAGAAGAGAACAGCUGCGUGGACAUCGAGAGCGUCAGCGAACCACAGCUGAAGCGACUGCCACCGCUGCUCUGGCUCGAACUCACUGCCCUCUUCGACCGCUACUCGUUACCAUUCCAGAAGCGAAAACCGCCCAAGAAGAAAAGGAAAGAAGAGGGCGUCGUGUUCGGCGUGUCGCUGGAGACGCUGGUCCGCAAGGACGUGAUCCUGUGGGAGGAGACGUGGAGCUGCGUGCCCAGCGUGGUGCGCGCGCUCGCCGCCGCGCUGCGGGCGCGCGCCGCGCACGAGGGGCUGCUGCGCGUGCCCGGCAACAAGCAGAAGAUCGAAGCGCUGUGUCAGCUAAUCGAGCGACAAUGGUACUCGGAGCGAGCGAGCGUGGAGGCAGCGCUGUCUCGCGCCAGCAGCCACGACCUGGCCGCUGUCUUCAAGCGGCUACUGCGGGCGCUGCCUCAACCGCCACUCACACAAGAACUUAUGCGACUCUUCUACCAUACUUACGCACUGACGGGCACGACGCAGGGCCGCGCCCUGAACCUUCUGGUGCUCCUCCUGCCGCCGGAGCAGCGCGCCACGCUCCGUGAAUUGCUGCGGCUCGUGCAGGAGAUAGUCGCGCGCGCCGACACCAACAAGAUGAGCGAACAUAAUGUCGCUAUGAUUAUUGCCCCUGCACUAUUUCCGCCCAACUUGCUGAUCAAAUCAUCAGACAGUUUGGAGACACAGCUGGCUACAGCCGCUAACAGCUGCCACGUGACAGAGGCCUUAAUGAGGUGGUGCGACCGGUUGUGGACCGUACCGGCCUCGCUACACGCCGCCUCGCAGAGAAAGCCAAUGCCACACAGGCGGAAUCACCACACCUGAGUUGCUGACUGUACUCUUGGCCAGCAUCUAGAUAAGGCAGACUGAACUGCUUUUGCGAUUCAGGAACAGUCUUUUCCAUAAGGGCAGAGGCCCAGGGAGUCUCAGAAUAUCAACAUUGCUAUUAACCGAAAAAUGAAUCGCACAAAUUUCAUGGGAACAUUGCUAAUUGGCUGCAAUUUUGAAAUACUUUUAGGCGGCCUUAAAUUGUGCUUCUAAAGGCUCCUGAGCUAAGGAGGCGGCCCAAGGAAUAGACUUUCGUUCCGAUUUGCUCACAUUUCAAGAAUAUUACAUUGUAAUAUUCUACCCUCUCUGAGAACUUUCACCUUCGAAUGGUGCUCGUUUAAGUAUUAUUUAUAUUAAUGAUUGAAUGUUGUUUUCAGUCAAAGUUUGUGCUGUGCUUAAUAUAAAUUCCUGAACAAUAUUUGAGUGAUAUGAUUAAUAUUAUUCAAUUAUAAUCAUCUAUAAUAAUAAUUAUACAUAUACUCACGUGUUAAUAUUGUAGUUAACGCAUUUAGUGUGGUAUAAAUGUGAAUAAGAUGCCAAAUGUUCAUCAUAUUUCUUAAUUUAGUGAUUUAAAUAUUCCUUUUGUAUAUGCGACAGCAGAAAUGAUUGGUUUAAAAUAUAUACGAAAACGUCUAAUAGUUAAUGUGUAAAAUUAUUCGGUGCCAUUUUCAUUUGGUUUGUUUUAGUUACCAUUUUGGCAAAGAUCAUAAGAUAUGGUGCCUUGUAUUGCUGAUAUUGUAAAUUGUAAGUUAAUUCUGAAUUCCAUGUAACUUUACUAAUUUUUAUGUAAAUAAUAAUCAUUACUUUACUGUACGAUUUUUUAUUGUAUAAUAUUUUACCAAUACUUUGACUAGGCAAGCAAAGACUGACUUGGUGUUAUGGAUAAAGUAUGUAAUGAUAUUUCUAAGUAUAUUUACUGUAUUAUUUAAUAAAA